AUGGCAUUAAUGUCUGAAGAAACAGCUUUGUUACUUGAAUUGGCUAUUUGGGAGUUAUGUGUUGCAAAGAAUCUUUAUGAAAACCGUUCAGAAGAACUAAAUAUAAAAAUUCAAGAUCAAAGGAUUUUAGUUGAGCAAGCAGAAGCUUUUAGGAAAAAGAGAAUUGAACAAAUUUCACAGAAAAUUGAUAUUAUUGUUGCAGGAAAGCAGGAAAAGUUAUUACUUAAAGGGAUUACUAAUGUUCACUUGGAUAAACAGACAUUACUACAGGAGGAAAUAAAUAAAUUCCCAAGUUUAGCCCCAUCACAGACAUUAGUGCAUUUACCAACAGAACAUCCUAGAGAAAUAGAGAUAACUACAGUGCCAGUUGAUAUCUUACAGCCUAGUGUGGUCGACAAAGAAGGCAACAUACGUUAUAGCAUUUUCAAAGACCUAUGGACAAAAGGCUAUUAUAUAACAACUGGAUCCAAAUUUGGAUCUGACUAUUUGCUUUAA